AUGAUGGAGUAUGCCAUAUAUAAGACAUCGAAAACACUUUGGGGAUGCUGCGUAUGUAAAUCACGAAAAACGAUUGUUGAAACUGAAGAGUUUAUACAGACACAAUGGCACCCCUCUCUCGCUGAACCUAUCUCACUCCGCGCACCACCAAAGUCGCUCCUCAAGACGGAAGGGGGAUAUAACAAGGAGAACCUAAUAGGAUACGGAGAGGCUUAUAAGCAUGAUGACGAGAUUCAAGGCACUGUAAAACAACCUCCUGCAUCCUUUCCCAGCUACCUCCCAGUCUGGGACAAUGAAACAGAAAGGUUAGUCUUCGCGUCUCCCCAACUAGUCAUCUCUGAUCCAGGACUAAGACGGUCAAUGUAG